CAUACAGAAGACGGAGGAGGUCGUAGAGAAGGAGCUCAUGAAUACAGGAGAAAGAGAAGCAGUAUGCAGAGAUGAAGCAGAUCCUAGCACGGCAGCCCAGCAACCACGCGUCCGAGCAGCUGCAGGUCUAUCAGCAGAAGCUGAAGGAGAAGACCAAGGAAAUGAAGAGCCUGGCGUCAGAGCUGAACAUGUGCGAAUCACAGGUGAACGAGUACAAGUUCGAGAUGGACAGGCUGGCGCUGGAGCUGCGCAAGAUCAAGAAGAAGUACUACGCGCAGAAGAGGAAGGAGCAGCAGCAGGACGAGAAGGAGCGCAGCGAGGCGAAGGCGUCGCUGCCGUGCGUGCAGCCGGAGGGGCCGAGGUUCACCGGAGGCGGGUUCAACCUGAAGCCGCACAACAAGACGACGGUUGUGCAGUCAGUCGUGUAGCUGCCGUCGAGGGGGAGGGCCACAUGCUGACGACGUAGUGACACAACAUGGACGACGUAGUGACACAACAUGGACGACGUAGUGACACAACAUGGACGACGUAGUGACACAACAUGGACGACGUAGUGACACAUGGACGACGUAGUGACACAACAUGGACGACGUAGUGACACAACAUGGAUGAUGUCUUUGUGAGAAGCUUUGUUUGGCUAACUGUGCAAAUGUAACAGCACCGACAUUCGAUCUGCAAAUCUCAGUGUUAGUUACACUCACGACUCACAGUCACUAAUGGUAGAUGAUGGUCAGUGAUGUUGGUGCCAUAGUCACAGUGAUGUUACGCAUUCAGUCACAUUCAGUUUAUAGUCACAGUGAAUUAUCACCAUUAGUGAUGUUGCACACCUACAGAUUUGCACACCUACAGUAAUGUUAGCAGUUCAAAUGGUCGUCGACUUAAUAUUGAUAUAUGAUAAUAUAAUAUUGGUCUGUGUGGGUGU